AUGGCGGACCAGUGGACCAUCAAGGUGAAAAUCCAAAGCAUGGACAACGAUGCCAUCAACAGCAAGAAAGGGACGAAGUGGAAGGCUGGAGAUGACCUGACCCUGCAAAUAGAGGGCCACGCGAGCCCCGGCUGCAAGAUGUCCCGCUGGAGGAAGCAGGACCCAUGCGAAUCCCUGGCUGUGGAGCUGCCUAAAGGCUUGCGAGGCUUUGCACCAAUUCGACGUUCUGUGUGCCGUCGCUAUAAUGUGACCGUCGUUUCGAACGCCUGGCCCUUGAAGAAGAAGCUUGACAAAGCUGCCACUUGGCACAAGGUAUCUCCACAUGAUGCAGAUGAAGCCGAGAAUCGAGCAUUCUGGAGGGAUCGUGCGAGGCGCUUUCAUGUGGAUGCCCAUUUUCCGGUGUUGGUGACAGAACAGCUUCUACCUGGCUGGCAUGCAUUUAGGCCAGAUGACGAGGAGCAUGACACAAAGCAAGCAGCCAUGAAUGGCUUUGGGCUGAGUGAAAGCCUUCUGAGGAACACCGUUUCGUGUGAUGCCAAGCAGCAGAUGAGGAGACCAUCAGAUCACGGUAUCCCCUGGAUGGGUUGUGGCACUGCUGGCGCCAGUGACUCCAUGUGUGGUCGAAUGCCAGUUCUUCAUUUGGGUGAUACCUACAAGGAGGAUUUGUCUUUGCUACGGAGACAUUCGAACGGUGAGCAUGCCGUGGUCAAGGAGCCCCUGCUGCCAGUUGGCCGGGCUUCCAUGGCGCAGCGGAGCUGCUAUGCAGACCUGCAGGGUGCUGGCUUCUCACCGACCAACAGUGAGGCACGACGACAGGAGAUUGCCGAACGCAAGCUGCGCGGCACCACUUUCAUCAAGGAGCUUGAGCGCAGAUACGCGCAUCGCCGCGACUGCUUUCGGAAGGCCCAGAUGGACGCGAGGGAAGCACAGAAGAAGUCGGAGGUGCCACACUGGCGGCGGGUGGAGGAGACGGUCAACAUGCUGAAGCAGAGAAUUGCUUUGAUUGUGAUGGCGCACCCGAAGUACCAGUCCAUAUCCUUUGGUGGAAGUGAGCCACUGGAUGAGGUGACAAAACUGGAAGAUGUGGAAGGUAUGGCAAAUGGGAAAACCAUGGAUUUGGUUGUGGCCGUUCCCCCGGAGCCAGAGGCUCCUCCCGUGGAGAUAUCCGAUGAUGAAGGUCUGGUCACUGCAGAGGAAGAGCCCCUCCCAGCGUUGCCGUCGGCCGAUCUGAUCAGCAAGGAGCUCAACGACUCCGAGGCUGACCAGCAAGGUGAGCUGAAAGGCCAAGCGCAGGACGCGCUGGACGAUGGAGACCUGAACACGGCUGUGGCCAAAUUCACGGAGGCCAUGAUGCUGGGCGGAGUCUCGGCCAUGAUGUUAGCGAAGCGAGCGGAAAUGCUCCUGAAACAGAAGCGGUAUCGAGCUGUGGUGGCAGAUGCCACGGCAGCUCUAGAGCUGAACCCAGACAGUGCGAAGGCCUUUCGUGCACGUGGCAAGGCGAGGCGGUUCUUAGGAGAAUACGCCCUCAGCGCGCAGGACUUCGCUCAGGCUCAGACCAUCGACUACGACGAUGGCGUGGUGGAUUUACAUAAGUAUGUGCAGACACGCACCGAGAAGCUACGGCUCAAAGCUGCUCAGGAUGCAAAGAAAGCGGAGGCUGAAUCCGAGGGCAAAGCUGGAGCAUAG